AAAACUAAAAUUAUAACUGUGUUAACGAAGGAGAAGCAGCAGCAGCAGUCGCAGAAGGAGUAGAUGUAGAAGAGAGUAGCAGCAAAAGCACACACUCUCUUGCACACACUCUCUCCCCCUCACACACAACAAUGACGAUGGCCGCCUGUUAUGCCAGCUAUGACAUGUCGUCCCUUUCCCACGGCAUGUCCGCUGCCGCCUUGAAUGCCCUGCAACAGCAGCAGCAGCAGCAGCAACAACAACAGCAGCACAGUCAGGCUCAGCAGCAGCAUCACCAAGCGCAGCAGCAGCAGCAGCAACAGCAACACAUGUACCAUGCCGCCGUGGCAGCGCAUCAGCAACAGUUGCUCCAACAGCAGCAGCAGCAGCAUCACCGCCAGCAACAGCAGCAGCAGCAGCAGCAACAUUCUCAUCAGCCCGCCUCCAACACCCGCCACAGCCAUGCGGCGGCGGCCCAAACUCAGGUCGCCGCCGCCGCCGUCGCCACCUCACGCCAACAGCAGCAGCAGCAGCAGCAGAAUGUCUCUGCCAGCAGCAACGCCAACAGCAGCAGCAAUGCCAACAGCAGCGGUGCUACGGCAGCGGCAGCGUCCCCUCAAAAGGACUACAGCAUUCCACUGCACGUCGACUGCAGCGUCGAGUACGAGCUCCCCAACCAGCCGAAGCCACCCGCCGGACAGCGCGUGGAGCCGCUGCUGAUGAUCCAUCCCUGCUACUUCCGCAAAAUGGAGUCGCAGCGGCGCAGUCCCUUCGUGAACAACAUGCAGGCGACGGCCCGCACGGCCAACAACAGUGCAGUCAGCAGUGGAGCGGCGCUUGGCGGGGGAGGAGGAGCGGCCGCCACGGCACCCAGCAGCAGUGCAGCGCGACGCGGAGCCAGGCAGAGUGCGCAGCAGCAACAGCAGCAGCAACAACAGCAGGUGUACCAGCAGCAGCAGCAACAGUUGCGUCAGCAGCACCAACAAAUGUCGCAGAUGUCGCAGCAGGCGCACUAUCCCGUGCAGCAGCAGCAACAGCAGCAGGAGCAUGUCCGUCGCCAACAGCAGCAGCAGCAGCACCAGCAUCAAGCGCAGCAGCAGCAUCAGGCGCAGCAGCAGCGAAGCAGCAGCAACCAAAGUCGUCAAAACCAAAGUCAAAGCCACUCCGCAGCAGCAGCGGCAGCAGCCGCAGCCAGCUCCGCGUCGAUAGCCGCCGCCGCGGCGGGCCAGUGGGAUCAGCUGGCAGCGGCACUAGCCGCUCGCACUGCCAUGACGCCGCACCAUAUGCUGGCACCCCCGCCCCACCAGACCCUGUACGCGGCCAAGGGGAGCAACGGCUCUGCGGGAGGAGCCAGCGGCGCCUCUGGGAAGAGGGAUGCCAUGAUUUCCGGUUCGAACUACGGCCAGACGGCGCCCUCCGUCGGUGGCAGCUCGAAGCACCAUCAGCAGCAGCAGCACUGCCUGCCCCCGCCGCCCUGGGACGCCACAGCAGUGGGUGGGGCGGCGCCCGCGCAGAGCAUGGCCAUGCUGAUGGACCGCUCGCCGAUGGCCACAGUUCCUAGCAAUUAUCAGGCCGGCCCUGACACCACGCCCAUGCAGCGGCUGUACGGCGCCACCGUGACGCCCACAUCUGCAGCGGGAGCGGGUCCGGGGGCGGGCGCGUGUCCGGGAACGACUGGAGGCGCCACCUCUGCCACGGACAAGCUGAGCGGCAAGUACCGGCAGUACCUGCGCUCGCAGCGGAUGCACCCCUAUGCGGCGGCGGCCUCCCUCAACCUGGCCGCUGCCGCCGUGGCCGCCGGGAGCCUGGGGCAGACCUCGUUUGUGCCAUUCGGUGCGGCCGCGGCGGCGACGCCCACAUUCCAGCAUCUGCAGCAGCAGAUAUCCUGCUACAAUGUGUGAUCCCCCUCCCAGGAGCAGCGCGGAGGCAGAAGAAGCAGCAACCAACUGAGACAGGCGCUUACCAAGUAAACGUCGAU